GUCUGGCAACUUUGACUAUGCGCUGGAUACAGCAGACAGUAUGGCGGACAGCGAAAGUGAUUUGGAAACAGACAGACUAGAAUUAGCCCUGGACACGUUGUGCGACAGACAUUGCAGCAACGAGUCGUCUCUGAAAAGCAAAGGCUAUUGCUCUGAGUUUUGUGAGCUGGUGGAGGAGUACACAGGGCAAUGGCAAGUUCCCCUCCCUCAGCUGAAGGUGUUGCGGACGGCACUCUGCAGUUUCACCAAAGCCACCGCUGCUUUCCCCGAUGACUGUCACCACAUCCACUAUGUUCUCAGCAGUAUGGCCCUGAGCUUUUUUGAACUGAUGCUGUUUUUUAGCAAGGAAGAAUUUGUGGAAGAGCCUUUAAAAGACAUUCUUGAUUCCUUUCAGGAGUGCCACUCUCAGCUCCAGAGGCACAGGAACAUCUACCUUCAGCACGUGAAGCUGAUCAUCAAAGCAGGAGGCCCAUGGGAGAAUCUGGUGCUUCAGGGAAUCCUGAAAGAGGCCAACUUGACAUUAAAAGAAGUCGAUGACUACUUAAGCUCCGAGUUGCCGGUCUUCUUUGAGCUGCGGAUUCGCUAUUUGCAAGCCUGUGAGCGAAUGCAGGAGGCGAUGGCCCUGUCCAAAAGCUGCCUGGAGAAUAGCGAGGCUGGAAAACAUCUGUACUUCCAUCAGGCCUACCUGACCUGCCUCUACAAGGCCUCACUGCAUGAGCACCUUCACAAGGAGAUGGCGGAGAUCGAUGGCCGUGAUGCUGUGGAGAUCAUUUGCAACACAGAGAGCGUUGAGAAAGAUGAGCUUCUGUUGUCCCUAUGCAAAGCUUUCCUCACCCAGCAGCUACACAAUGGAGACAUGUACUACAUCUGGGACCUGGUGUUCAUCUGGAGCAGGUUGCACCUUAGGGCCCAUCCCUCCACACGUGGUUUCCUGGCCGAGUGUUUGCAGUUGGCCUCUUCUGCCACUAACGUCAGAGCCAUCUUCCCCUUCAUCAAACUGGUCACCACAGAGCUGGGGGUUGAAGGAGUCCCGGUCUGCGUGGAGCUUUGCGCCAGAGCCCUGCAGCUGGGCGACACGCAAGCUGACGGUGUUACCCGGUCCCUCGUCUGCAAGACCAUCGCCUUCCUGCUACCUCACGACCUGGAGAUCUGUCGAGCGUGCGCCCUGCUGGUCUUCUGCCAGGAGCGCACCCUGGAAGCUUACCGGACGGUGUGCCUGCUGUACAUGCAUCCCGACCAGGAGCCGCAUCCCCAAAACAGCCCCGUCAGGACCAGCGUUCGCUUCCACAUUGUGCAGAUGCUCAAGGAGCAGCUGUGUUUUGACCCGGAGUUUUGGAACCUCAUGACCCUCAGGACUCACUGCUUGGGGUUGAUGAGCGACAAGGUCAUGAAGGCUGUUGUUCUCAGCGAGAUGGAGGAGGAAGAGGAGAAGGGAAACCGUGAAGAACUGUUAAUAAAUGCACGUGUAAAUGACUCAUGCGCACAAGGCCAUGAUCCCGGCCAGCGCUCCGUGGCUAGAGGGGGGAAAAAGUGUGUUGCCCCAUCAAAUAUUGUUCUUCUGAAGAGGAGAAAAUGGAGAAAACGCCUGCGAAGCAGAAACCAAUCUUUGUCUGAUGAUGAGGCCGACCGCGGUGAUGAUCCAGAGUUCAAAUACAACCUCAAAGCAACGUCUUAUGGCCACAAGCCUGUGUAUUCACUAAGGCACGUGAAAGCUAACAUUGAAAACGCCGCCAUUGUAAAAGCCCCGCUUAACCGCAAGAGAGAAUACUUGUCUAGAUGUGUGAAGAGCCAAAUCUUGAAAAGAAAGGGCUGGAAGAAAAGAUGGUUGCAGGGUCUUCCGAGGCUGGAGCAGGUGCAGCCAGUCAAAGAGAAGAAGGGCAAAGUCUCGGAGAAUAAGGUCAAGAGCAAAGGGAAAAAACGUGGACGGAAGCCUUUACAGAAAAUGGAACUCUCCUACCCUGAUAAUGAAUUGUGUGUCUCUGAGGAAGAGUUUUGUUUUGAGGAUAUAACUGACACGGAUGACCGAGAGCCGGAUAUGCCUCAGCUGGAGAACGAACUUGAACCAAAGAGUCAACGGAAAGAGAAUCGAUUCGAGCAGAUGGAUAAUCUUGAGAGGGAAAAUGAACUUGAGAAACACCCGGACUUGGUCUGCAGUAGCAGUCCCAUAGAAAAAAACCCAAAGGGAUCUCAAACACAGUUUAGUGAAGCUCUUUCCGAGGAGCCUCAAGCGGCUGUUCCAUCUGUUGAUGCGGGUCCUGAACUUGAUGGUCCACCCUUAAAGUUACUGGUUUGCCCGAUUGAAGUGCUACACAACUACUCUCUCAAAUUCAAAAAGCCCGAUGGUGAGAAACCUCCUGAGUCCUUGGCACCAGAGGAGGUGAAUGGCGACACAGAACAGGAGGCCCAGUCCACAGAGGAAACUGAAGUGUUGAACACUGAGGUGAAAGCCAAGGGAACGUGCAAGGACAAAGUCCGCCGCACUCAACAAUACGCCCACUUGACGUACCACUGCGACCUCUGCCGCAAAGACUACAAAGGCCUGAAUAUUAUGAGGCAUGCUCUGUCGCACCUUAAGAGUGGGAAACUCGAGUGUAUUCUCUGUGGAAAACGCUUCAAACAGCUCCCCUUUGCCAAAAAGCACAUUCUGGACCACAUUGAUGAAAUGAGCAAGCAGAAACCCCCCGUGAGGCAGCCGUGCACUGAGGACAUUCCUGCUGCCAAUGGAGCAGUACGUGAUGUGAAAAAUAAGAGUCCGCCUCCGAAUGAAAAUCAGACUUGUAUUUCGGCAGAGGAAGCGCCCGGACAGAGAUCCGGAGGCAAGACCAAAGCGCCGGCGCUCAAGAGGGAAGAUCGGAUCAUCCGAAACCUCCGCUCGCUCAUCAAAAAGACAUCUGUGCUCCACAAGAGGUGCAAGAACCCCGAUGCGAGACCGUCUAAGCUGGUGGAAUUCAACGACGAGCAGGUCGUCAUCGACAAUGGCACGGUGACUGUGAGGAAUCCAUCCGUGGUGGUGGAGGAGGUGGAGGAGGAGGAGAAGCCGGCCGGAGAAAACUGCUGCGGUGCGGACACGUAUCACCUGUGCCCCUCGGAGUCCUGUGAUCGAGUAUUCCUGAAGAUCAGCGCCACGCUAACAAAGCAUGCCCUUAAAUGCCACAUCAGCGAAGAGAAGGUGCUGGAGAAGACGUUUGUGUGGACCAAACACAAGUGCACCCUAUGCCUCAGGCAGAUACAGUUUCUCCAGCAUUAUAAGGACCACAUGAAGCUCCACGGUACCGCUCUCCAGCACUUCUGCUACCACCUGGAGUGUAAGCAGCGCUUCUCCACACUGCAGGACCUGAAGGACCAUGUGAAAACUCACCAGCCCUUCAGACCUCAAUGUUCAGUCACAGACUGUGAGAAGAUCUUCUCCAGCGCUCAAGGUCUCUACGACCACGAGUGGAGACACUACAUCCCGGCGCCUCAGAAAGAAGAACUGGAGUUGGGACCCAGCAGACAGGUGAAGGAGAGUGAAGAAGCUCCGUGGAAGCAGAGAGUGAAGGUGGAAGAUUUAUGGCUUCAGAGUAAAAAGGCCCAGAGAGAAAGUCUGAGCCCCGGUCAUCUGGAAGCUUUCAGAGAAAUGACCAAAACCGAGGACCAGCUUUGCAAAGUAAAUGUCCCAGACAGUAGUCACGACCCGUCCAAACCUCACAAUGGCUCCGGAAACGCAGUCGGCCACGAGCCCACGGAUGGGCGCCAAGACGCCGUCAAUGGACACGAGGGAGAGACGAGGCCCGGGCUGUUGCAGGCAAAUAUUUUUGCUUGUCACGCUGCUCCAUCAGCUCCAAGUAAGAGCUGCCGGAAGAAAACGCCCAUCGAGUGGGACCCCUUGAACGUCCGAGACCUCGAGGAGAUGUCCACUUUGUCCGAGGGUGUCCAGAAGACGCUGGGCGAGCCGCACAUCACUGAGCACAAGACCUUUAAACCCGAGGACCCCGCGUACGCCACCUUUGUCAAAGCGCCCUUCAUCCGGCCGCCGCCCUCCACUUACCUCGACGAAUCCAUGCUGUCGAUGCGCAAGAGGCGGUCCAAUGAGGAGGUCGCUCCGAAGAAAAACGUCUACUGGAGCAACAAGAAAAACAAGGAGGCCGGCUCGGAAAAGCAGCAGGCGGAGGAGAAUGUGAGCUCGGCGCAGAAGACCCGGCGUCGCUGUGACAAAUGUCUUUCCUCUUUCGCCACCGUAGAGGAAUUGCAGAAACACAAGAGCCUGAACACCUGCUCCUCGCUCUUUGGCUUCGACUCAGACGAUGACAGUUAGUGGUGAGAGGAGCCGCAACCAUGGUAACCAGGUGCUCCUCGCGGCUCAGGGCAAGCAUCAGAGAUAAAGGAACGCCGGCGCCCUUUGCUUAUGCUGCGACUCAGUAUUGAAUACCAGUUUGUAAACAAAAGGAAAAUAUGUGCCAAAAUGGUUAAUGGUUUGAUUUCUUUCUCAGUUAAAUUGAUUGAAUGGUUGUCCGUGUACAGAUACCAUGUAUACCACAUACAUGAUACCACAGUAUUUCAAACAGAAGGCCUGUUUCUUUUUGUGACAAACAUUUGCUGGACUUGCCACACCAUGAUGUUAUAGUAACACAGAGUACAUCUCACUGAAAUAUGUGUUUAAUCAAUUUUGUUGAGAUGAAUUUUCAUUACGUCUGUCAUUUAGCUGACGCUUUUAUCCAAAGCGACUUGCAAUAAGUGAAUUUCAACCAUAAGAAUACAAACUCAGAAGAACCAGAAACAAAGUGCAAUUUCAUCAAAUAAGCCGAUUUACAACUUGCUGUGGAUGAGAGCCAUCAUAAGUACAAUUUAAGUGCUCCAAUUUGUGAGGUGUUUUCAGUCCAGGUAGAGUGGGGAGGCGUGUCUAGUUUGCGGCGGAAGAUGUGAUGGCUCUCGAUUUAAGUAAUUCUUCCAAGUCUUGAUUUUGGAGAUUAUUGACAAAUGGUUCCUUAAAUAUUCUUCAUUUAGAAAAAUAAAUGGACCUGACAUUUAUUUGGGGGAAAGAAUGCACUGGUAUUAAUCUGGCUUUGAGUUUAUAUUUCCCCCUCAUGCUUUGGAGUGACGGAGGGACUUUUUGAACAUCUGGCUUUUUACGCCUGUGGUGUUCAAAUUUUAUGCCAAAUGGCUCCAGUUUAAGAUUUUUAAGUCCUUUGUGUUGUCCACAUAAAGUAUAUUAAAAAAAACAGUCCUUGCAGCUGCAUGAAAUAGUGAAGAUGAGCUGAUUGAGUGUUGCCUUCUCGUGUUUGGGCAAAUAUCGUUGUCUUCCUAACAAAUUGUACACAAAUGGUAGAGCAGCAGUGGGCGAGUCUUCUCUCCACAUCUGUCCAAUUUGAUUUGAAUUCCAAAUAAACGCUCUAAAGCGUUCUCUCCUGCAGCAACUUUUCAAACGGAGACGUUUCGGUCCUUUAGGUUCUAAAGCAGGAUCGGGUUCAUCUUGGUCUAUUUUUCAAGAUUCACUAACUCAUCUAAGCUUUUACCAAAAUGUCUGAAACCAUAUAAAUCUGCCUUCAUACUGACUCAAUAUUAUCCUCUGCAGUAAAGAAUUCACCACUGCAUUUGUGCGGAGUGUGAAUCUCAGUGUUGGACUGUAGGUAAAGAUCAAUACUCCAUCCGUCAUACGGUGCCACUUUGCUCUAAAUGUUUUCUUUUUACUCUGUUUGACACCACGAUCAUCAGUGUGACAGAAUGUGUCACAUUGGUCGUCUGUUGUGUGUGUGUACUUGAGAUGGUUGAUCUGUUCAUCUUUUUAUGGAAUUGCUUAUUUAUAUGUACAAAUGUUAAUAUAUUGGAUUUGUAAAGGUAUUGAUUCCUUAUCUAUUUUUCUUAAAGAAAAUGACUUGUGAUUUGUUUUAAUAAACAAAUUAAACUAA